AUGGCAGAUACUAUCCAAGAUGAAGGUUUUCGCAUCGAGACAGACGCUCUUGGUUCGAUGCAAGUCGCCAACGACAAACUAUGGGGCUGCCAGACUCAAAGAUCCUUGCAGAACUUCGAUAUCAAUCGCCCACGAGACCUCAUGCCCCCAACACUGAUCAAAGCCUUCGGAAUAUUGAAAGGAGCUGCAGCUGCAGUCAAUGUAAAACACCGAGCCCUUGACUCAAGGCUCGGUGAGGUGAUACAGCAAGCUGCAGCAGAGGUGGCCUCUCUAGAGCUGAUCGACCACUUUCCCCUGGUGAUCUGGCAGACCGGAUCAGGAACGCAGACGAACAUGAAUACGAAUGAAGUCAUAUCGAAUAGGGCAAAUCAGAUCUUAGGACAUCCUUUAGGGAAGAAAUAUCCUGUGCAUCCCAACGACCAUGUGAAUAAGUCGGGUUCAUCCAAUGACGGUACAGCAACAGCAAUGCACAUCGCAGCUGUCCUUGAUAUCGUCCAUGUCCUGCUUCCCAGCCUCGCAGAGCUAACAGAAACCAUGUGGCAGCGUGCCAAGGACUUCGACGACAUCAUAAAGGUCGGACGAACUCAUCUUCAAGAUGCUGUACCUCUAUCACUUGGUCAGGAAUUCUCCGGAUUUGCGACACAGCUGGAAUAUGGUGACAAGAGAGUGCGGCUUUCCCUUGAAGCCCUACGAGAGCUUGCCAUGGGAGGAACUGCCACAGGGACUGGCUUGAACACUUACGCCAAAUUCGCUGAAGACUUCUGCGCCGAAGUAAGCAAGAUGACGGGCCAGCAGUUUAUCACUGCCCCAAACAAAAUGGAAGCUAUAUCCGCCAACGACGCCUUGGUCUUUGCGUCUGGCGCGCUGAAUACUCUAGCUUGCUCUCUGUUCAAAAUAGCUCAGGACAUCCGAUUCGAGGGUAGUGGGCCACGAUCUGGACUAGGAGAAUUACUCCUCCCUGAAAACGAACCUGGUAGCUCAUUUAUGCCAGGCAAAGUCAAUCCAACACAGUGCGAAUCAAUGACAAUGAUCUGUGCCAAAGUGAUCGGUAAUCAUACCGCCAUCACUCUAGGAGGACUAAGCGGACAAUUCCAGCUGAAUGCGUUCAAGCCUUUGAUCAUAUCAGAUUUUUUGCAUUCUGUGCGUCUGCUAGGUGAUGGAAUGCGCAGUUUUCGCAAGAACCUGUUGGUGGACUUACAAGCGGAUCGUAAAAGGAUCAAGCAGCUUUUAGAUCAGAGUCUUAUGCUCGUGACGUGUUUGCAACCACAUAUUGGGUACGAUAUGGCUUCGAAGGUAGCACAUCAUGCUCACAAGAGAGAUUUGACAUUGAAAGAAGCUGCUCUAGAGCUGAGUGCUUUGAGUGCCGAAGAUUUCGAUCGAUAUGUGAGGCCAGAGCUGAUGAUCAGGCCUUCGAAUGAGCCAUCAUAG